AUGUUUAGCGUCUCUUCGAUUAAUGCUCCAAAAGAUGUGGGAAUAAGAUCACCGUACUUCAAGGCAUCGAUGACCUACAAGCAAUCGCCUUCCAGGAUAAUUGAAUUCCACCCUCGUGCUUUAGCCUGUAGGCUGUAUGAGAGCUUCGACUGCUGCGCGUGCUUCACAAUCGACUGCUCUAGGUUGUCCUAUAAACUUACGAACCGCCCACCAACAACAUUCUCCUCUCCAUAUGAAUUUCCAGCUUUGAGUUGUUUCCCUGCUACUCGAUUUGCCGCCACGUCCACAAUACCUGCUGUUUGUCAAACAUCUCUACUUAAUUUUGCCAUUAUCUUCUUGCUUAUGUUUUUGGCAUCAAAUAUCGAUGCUGCCGGAGAGGAGAGAGUUGUAGCACGUAAUGGUGUUGUAGCCACUGAUGAAACAGAGUGCUCUAAAAUCGGAAGAGACGUACUUAAACGAGGAGGCCACGCUGUUGAUGCAGCAGUAGCAGCUGCACUUUGCUUGGGAGUUGUUAGCCCAUCUUAUAGUGGUCUUGGUGGCGGAGGAUUUAUGCUCGUCAGAUCACAUACUGGCGAUUCAAAAGUGUUCGACAUGAGAGAAAUGGCACCUGGCCGAGCCUCCAAGGAUAUGUUUGAUAGAGAUAUUUAUGAAUGGGAAGAGGGUCCUCUGUCAAUAGCUGUUCCAGGACAGCUGGCAGGUCUCUACACAGCUCACAAACAGUAUGGGAAGAUUCCUUGGGAAUCACUCGUAAAACCGGCCGAAAAUCUUGCUCGUAAAGGCUUCGUAAUAUCCCCAUCUCUGUUCAAGGCAAUGAGUUGUGCAGAGUCAAUUAUCAUGGAUAAUAAGGAGCUUCGGAGAAUAUUUGCUCCCAACGGAAAGCUAUUAUCUAAAGGAAAGACCAUGUACCUCAAAAAAUUAGCGGAUACGCUGGCAGCUAUAUCGAAAAAUGGUAUGGAUAUAUUUUAUAAUGGCUCAAUAGCGCAUAACAUAACCGAAGAUAUCCAAAAGGCGGGUGGAAUAAUAAAAAAAGAAGACUUUCAGAAAUAUCGAGCUAUUACUAGGAAACCUUUGGUUGCUCGUGUAUCCGGAUAUGAAAUAAUUACAGCACCACCUCCUGCUUCAGGGGGUGCCAUGUUAAUUCUUAUUCUUAAGAUUCUUUCUAACUAUAAAGAAACCGGCGUUACAAACUCAUUGGGGAAGCAUCGUUUUGUUGAGGCAUUGAAAUAUGCACUUGCAAGGAGGAUGGGUCUUGGGGACCCUCAAUUUGUAAAUGUCACUAGUAUCUUGAAAAACAUGAUCUCAACAAACUAUGCUAAAGGGUUGAAGAAACGCAUAAACGACAAGAAAACAUAUGAUCCUGCGCAUUAUGGUAGCAAAUGGAGUCAGAUAUAUGAUCACGGCACAACACAUCUCUGCGCGGUAGAUAGUCAACGCAAUGUUGUUACCAUGACUAUAAGUUUGAAUUCGUACUUUGGAUCAAAGAUAAUGUCAGCGAGUACUGGAAUAUUUCUUAACAAUCAAAUGUAUGAUUUUUCCAUCCCCGAAUCAACCACCCCACCGCCAUCUCCUGCAAAUUUUAUUCAACCGUUCAAGAGGCCUUUGUCAUCAAUGGCACCCACCAUUUUGGUCAAGGACGGACGCAUAAAGGCAGUCAUAGGUGCAGCUGGAGGAUUGCUAAUACCUGACGCGGUCGCUCAGCUAUAUCCGAAUGUGCUUUACCACGAGGAAUACAUAUCUCGAAAUGGUACAAAGUACUUUUUUCAUUCUAAGAUGCUGAAGGAGUUGGAAAUGAAGGGUCAUGAAUUGGAAAGGGUUUCCGAUUGGACUAUAUGCCAGUUUGUGGUUCAAAAGUUAGAGGGUCGAGAUUCCGGUCAACUUAUUGCGGUGAGCGACCAACGAAAAGGCGGCUUUCCUGCUGGAUAUUGA